UUUAUACGCAGCAUUCUCUCCAGGCCAUUCAAAGUUCCCAUUCCUAACUACACAGGCUCUCUGGGUAUCCGGGCGCUGGGGCUGAAGCGAGCUGGGGUAAGGAGAGCUCUGCACGACCCGUUUGAGGAGGGAGCUCUGGUGCUUUAUGAACCGCCUGCCCUCAGUGCCCACGACAGCCUCAAAAUAGAUAAGGAUAAACAGCCAGUGCAUGUAGUUGUGGACCCGGUGCUCAGUAAAGUCCUGCGACCUCAUCAAAGAGAGGGGGUGAAGUUCCUGUGGGACUGCGUGACGGGGAGACGAAUCCCUGGGUCAUACGGCUGCAUCAUGGCAGAUGAGAUGGGUCUGGGAAAGACCUUACAGUGCAUCACACUUAUGUGGACACUUCUGCGUCAGAGCCCUGACGCUAAGCCAGAGAUUGACAAGGUUAUAGUGGUCUCUCCGUCCAGCCUGGUGCGCAACUGGUACAAUGAGGUCGGCAAAUGGCUCGAGGAACGCGUUUUACCUGUCGCGAUCGAUGGAGGCUCAAAGGAAGAGAUUGAUCGAAAACUAGUGAACUUCAUUUCCCAGAAUGGUUUGAGGGUGCCCACACCGAUCUUGAUCAUAUCAUAUGAAACAUUCCGGCUGCACGCUCAGGUUCUGCACAGGGGAAAAGUCGGACUAGUCAUCUGUGAUGAGGGUCACAGGUUGAAAAACUCUGAUAACCAGACUUAUCAGGCACUGAACACCAUGAAUGCCCAGAGAAGAGUGCUCAUAUCAGGCACACCCAUUCAGAAUGACUUACUAGAAUAUUUCAGCCUGGUUCACUUUGUAAACUCUGGGAUCCUCGGUACAGCACAGGAGUUCAAGAGGAAGUUUGAGGUUCCCAUUCUAAAGGGCCGUGAUGCUGACGCCAGCGACAAAGACAGGCUCGCAGGAGAGGAGAAACUCAAAGAGCUCAUCAGCAUUGUCAACAGAUGUUUAAUCAGAAGGACCUCAGACAUUCUCUCUAAGUACCUGCCUGUGAAGAUCGAGCAGGUGGUGUGUUGCAGACUGACUCCUCUCCAGGAAGAGUUGUAUAAACUGUUCCUGAAGCAGGCGAAGCCAGUGGAGAGUCUCCAACAGGGCAAAAUCAGCGUGUCUUCUCUCUCAUCCAUCACCUCCCUUAAAAAGCUCUGCAACCAUCCGUCUCUCAUCUAUGACAAGUGUGUGGCGGGAGAGGAGGGCUUUGAGGGGGCUUUGGACCUGUUCCCUCCAGGCUACUCCUCUAAAGCAGUGGAGCCUCAGCUCUCAGGCAAAAUGCUGGUUCUGGACUACAUUCUGGCCAUGACCCGAAGUACAACUAGCGACAAAGUUGUGCUGGUCUCUAACUACACACAGAUACUGGAUCUCUUUGAGAAAUUAUGUCGAGCUCGGCGGUAUCUCUACGUUCGUCUUGACGGAACAAUGUCCAUCAAGAAAAGAGCCAAGAUCGUCGAGAGGUUUAACAGCCCCUCCAAUCCUGAGUUUAUUUUCAUGCUGAGCAGUAAGGCCGGGGGAUGCGGUCUGAACCUCAUUGGGGCAAAUCGUCUGGUGAUGUUUGAUCCCGACUGGAACCCAGCCAAUGAUGAACAGGCGAUGGCUCGCGUAUGGAGAGACGGACAGAAGAAAACCUGCUACAUUUACAGACUGCUUUCGAGAGGACUGAAAGACCCGGUUCUGGUGUCGUCCUGGGAUGCUGCCGUUUCAUUUGUCUUCCACCAGCGUUCCCAUGAAGACCAGAGAGGGGUGGUCUGA